UUUUCCCCUUCACAUGUCCAUUUAUGGAUAUUAGUAUAAUGGAAAUCAUUUGGGGAACUGGUUUCUCAGAGGAAUUCUUCAGUAUUUCACUUGAAAUACAUGUAUUGGAAUAAAAUGAGAAAGCUUGAUUGAAUCACAUCUCUGGCAUUUGAGUUCCAUGUGGUAUAUAAGAGUUACUGCCAAAUUCCUACCCUGCCAUCCUUGUCCUCCAAUCGGCUCACUGCCCGAUCUCAGGGAAAGUCUCUUAUCAAACAUGCUGAUUGGAUUGAUACUGCCACUUGGGGCUGUUAAUUGGGACAUAAUCUUUAUGGAUUUGGGGAGCGGGGGUUGGUUUUUGAGAUAGGGUCUCACAAGGUAGUCCAGACUGGCCUUGAAUUCAAGGUGAUCUUCCUCCCUCAGCUUCCCGAGUGCUGAGGUUACAGGUGUGAACCACCACCAUCACCAACAGGGGCAUAUUCUGUAGAAUUAAUAUUCACUAACUAGUUUCUCCCAGUCAUAGGUACAGCCAGAUUUUACCAUUGUUCAUUUGUUCUCAUAUAUAUAUCUUAUAUGAAUCUUUUUCCCUCCUCUGCAGACACACAUAUGGGUCAUCCCAUUUUGAGGACAUGUCCUACAAUAUCUUUUCUCCCCCUCCGUCAGUAAAUCCUAUGUCUGAACAUGUGUUUUUUCCUAUCAGACCUCUGAUUGGAAUUCUCAUAGAUAUGUGUGGGCAUAUGCGUGAUGCCACAUCAACAAGAGAUGGCAGUAGAAGUCUGGAAUGGUCUUGGUCUCACUGAAGUAUGCCAUCAGGCUACUUUGGGUCAUGAAACGGGUGCGCACCGAGCACGUCCAGAUGGCAGUGUCCUGCUACCUCAAGCGCCGGCAGUACGUGGAUUCAGAUGGCCCCCUGAAGCAAGGCCUGCGUCUGUCUCAGACUGCUGAGGAGAUGGCAGCCAACCUCACAGUCCAGUCAGAAUCUGGUUGUGCCAACAUAGUGUCUUCAGCCCCCUGCCAGGCAGAACCCCAGCAAUAUGAAGUACAAUUUGGACGACUGCGGAAUUUUCUCACUGAUUCUGAUUCCCAGUACAGCCAUGAAGUUAUGCCUCUUCUCUACCCACUGUUUGUCUACCUCCAUCUCAGCCUAGUCCAGAGCAGCCCGAAGAGCACAGUGGAAAGUUUCUAUAGCCGCUUCCAUGGAAUGUUCCUGCAGAACGCAAGCCAGAAGGAUGUUAUUGAGCAGCUGCAGACCACUCAGACCAUCCAGGACAUCCUGUCCAAUUUCAAGCUUCGUGCAUUCCUAGAUAACAAGUAUGUGGUCCGUCUCCAGGAAGACAGCUACAACUACCUGAUCCGCUACCUCCAAAGUGACAACAACACUGCCCUGUGCAAGGUCCUCACCUUACAUAUCCACCUGGAUGUGCAGCCUGCCAAGAGAACAGACUACCAGCUCUAUGCCAGUGGUGGCUCCUCCCGCGGUGAGAGCAGCGGCCUGGAGCCCCCGGAUGUGCCCAGCCCCAUUCUGCAGAAUGAGGCUGCACUGGAGGUCUUGCAAGAGAGCAUCAAACGUGUCAAGGAUGGCCCCCCCUCCCUCACCACCAUCUGCUUCUACGCCUUCUACAACACGGAGCAGCUGCUAAACACUGCAGAAAUUGCCCCUGAUAGCAAGUUGCUUGCUGCUGGGUUUGACAACUCCUGCAUAAAACUCUGGAGUCUGCGAUCCAAGAAAUUGAAAUCAGAGCCUCACCUUGUAGACACGUCACACAUCCACUUGGCUUGUGAUACUCUGGAGGAAGAGGAGGAUGAGGAGGACAGCACAGGCACAGAGAUGAAGAUCCUGCGGGGACACUGUGGACCAGUGUACAGUACACGUUUCCUCGCGGACAGCUCAGGGUUGCUCUCUUGUUCUGAAGACAUGUCCAUCCGGUACUGGGAUCUGGGGAGUUUCACCAACACUGUGCUGUACCAAGGACAUGCCUACCCCGUGUGGGACCUGGACAUCAGCCCAUACAGCCUGUACUUUGCCAGUGGGUCUCACGACCGCACUGCCAGGCUGUGGUCCUUCGAUCGGACGUACCCACUGAGGAUAUAUGCAGGACACCUGGCAGAUGUGGACUGUGUCAGAUUCCACCCUAACUCUAACUACUUAGCCACAGGCUCGACCGACAAGACUGUCCGGCUAUGGAGUGCCCAGCAGGGGAACUCAGUGAGGCUCUUCACGGGCCACCGUGGCCCUGUGCUCUCUCUGGCUUUCUCUCCCAAUGGGAAGUACUUGGCAUCUGCUGGUGAGGACCAGCGGUUAAAACUGUGGGACCUGGCCUCUGGGACCCUUUUUAAAGAGCUGAGAGGCCACACAGACAGCAUCACCAGCCUCGCCUUCAGCCCUGACAGUGGCCUAGUGGCCUCUGCCUCCAUGGACAACUCAGUGCGUGUCUGGGACCUCCGGAACACAUGCUGUAGCGCUCCCGCAGAUGGCUCCUCCAGUGAGCUCGUGGGUGUCUACACAGGGCAGAUGAGCAGUGUCCUGAGUGUGCAAUUCAUGGCCUGCAACCUGCUGCUUGUGACUGGGAUCACACAGGAGAGUCAGGAACACUGAUUCUUACCUUGGCUGGAAUAGGCGGCUGUGGUGAGAGGCAUCUGGCCGCAGCACAGAUAUGGACACGGUGAGCAAAUUCCUGACAGACUGUGCAAGAGCCCUACCCUAAUGCAGCCUCAUUGUCAUGGGACUCAGUCAGGGCUGGGCCAUGGCUCAGUGCUGCCUGGACUCGAGAUGAGCACCAGGAUGUUCUGCGGUCAGCGGCACGUUCCCAGAGGACCUUUGGGACCCUGUGUGCAAGCACCUUCCCAUUUGCAUCUUGUCCUCCCAGUGUGCUUACUGAGGGCAGUUGCCAAGUGCCCUCCACAGCACCCCUAGACACCCUCAGUAGGUCACCCUUGAGGAGGGAAGUGGGGACAGAACUGGGAAAGGGAGGGUGAUCCUUUUCCUGAAUGGUAGAACCAGGAUUUUUUAUUAUUGUUAUGAUUACUGUUCUUGCAAAGAGGAAACCUAGCACUGGCAGAGGGGAACAUCUCUGCUUUUAUCUUCAGGUUUGACUCCUGGCACUGGCUGUAAUACUUGGAAUUUUGAGCUUCAGGGAAUUCAGAGAUUUUGGUGGCACAGUGUAUCAGGAGAAAGGGAAAUCUUGAGCACACCAAACAGCAUGUUUUGGAAGUCGGUGGAUGAGAACACUGAGAACACUGGGCCCUUGCAGUUAUGGUGGGAAACUUUCUUUCUUGGCUGCACUUCUAUCAGUAAUUCUCUCCCCUGAAAAGAAAGAUUAUGAUAGGAGGGGGUGCAGCUUAGUGGUAGUGCAUUUGCCUAGCCUGUGGGAGGCCCUGGUUCAGUCCCCAGUACCACCCCCUGCAAAAAAAGAUAAUGGUAAAGAAUAAUUUGGAGGGCUGGGAAUUAGCUCAAUGACAUAGCAUCUGCCUGGCAAAUGCAAGUCUCUGAGUUCGAUUCCCAGUACAAAAAAAAAAAAAAAAAAAAA